AGGUAGCGCUGCUAUCACUAUAUGUCAUUUGUGUUGUCAUUGAGUGUUUUCGGAAAAGUGGCACUGUCUUAAAUUGCACUAAAAUGUUGUAACACUUUCUUGUUCGAAAAGAGCUGAAAGGCUUUUUAAAUAUUAGAACGGAGUCAACUCAAAUAUUGGAUAAUAAUCGGUGGGAAUGGGUUUUUCGGACAUUCUUUAAAGCACUUAUUAUGUCAAUGAAUGAAAGAUGAAAGUACUACAGUAAUGUUUUUAUUCUGCGGUGAUUUCAUGUUUUUUGCUGUUGUUUUUUUAAAUAGAAAAUUACUUUACAAUUCUAUUUUUAAUUAAAUUUAAGCAUGCAGUUUUUACGACGUAAUUCUAAAAAAAGCAAGUAAAUUCUUCCUCGUCUCAUUUGUAACAUAAAUGUAGUAAACUAAUCUUCCCAAGAUCUUAGAAACGAUUAUUCACUGAAAGAUGAAGACAGAUACAGAAACAAGCAAAAAUGGAGAAAGUGGAAACCAUAACCAUUACAGUGAAUUGCCCGAAAGUGAAAACCCUUCUUCUGUCAAAAUAUCUAAAAAAGAAUCUAGAAAAUCCAAUAAAGAAAGCAGAAUUUUGAGGAGAAGUAAAACUCUUAAAGAUAAAAAUGAUCCAGAUAGGUUUUGUGGCGAAGGAAUAAAUUUCAAAGCUAAAAUAAUAGGUACUGAACAUGUAUUUGAUGCAAGAGGCAAUCGUAUGUGCCAAGGUGCUUUACAAAGGUUAAAGGCUGCUGUGAAAACGUCUGGUGAUCACAAACAGAGGAUUAUUCUUAACAUUUCUUACAAUGGAAUAAUCAUAAAAGAUGAGAAAACUGGGGAAAUUCUUCACCAUCAUCCUAUUCACAAAAUAUCUUUCAUUUCCCAAGACACGGUGGACAAAAGAUCUUUUGGUUAUGUAUUUGGAUGUCCUCAAAGUGGCCAUGAGUUUUUUGGAAUAAAAACUGAAAAAAUAGCUUCUCAUGUUGUCCUUACCCUGAGAGAUCUCUUCCUGGCUGCUCUUGAUAUGAAGAAGAAAGAAAUUGAAAGUGCAAAAGAAUCUCAACAAAAGGAAGUCCCUGAAAUUUCUAAUAAGGUUUCAACAAAUGGAAACUCUNAUGCUUCUCAUGUUGUCCUUACCCUGAGAGAUCUCUUCCUGGCUGCUCUUGAUAUGAAGAAGAAAGAAAUUGAAAGUGCAAAAGAAUCUCAACAAAAGGAAGUCCCUGAAAUUUCUAAUAAGGUUUCAACAAAUGGAAACUCUACAAAUUUUGAAAAGGGUGCUAAUUCCAUGAAUGGUGCUCAUUCUAUCAAUCUACACGAUGAACUUUUAUAUUCUAAUAGAGUUUCACUUCCUGAUGAGAAUGCCUCUCCAGAAGCAUCAACAGCUACUCUCUUGGAUCUGCAGUUCACUAUGGAUAACCUACAAAUGGGCAUAUCUCACAUGGAUCACAGCAUCGCUACAGCUGCAUCACAGGGAUUUGGACUAUCAUUUUCUGAAGACGAUAUCUCUGAGUCCAGUAGUGCUUCUCUUCCAUUGGCUUUUCACUACAAAGUGGACAAGUUUAAUCCUUUAUGCCAAGAAACCCUUUCUGUAUCAUCAAGGUCAUCCUCUACCUCCGAUUAUAAUGUUAAUCCUGCUAAUGAAAGUAAAAUCGUAGAAGAACCAGAUUCUUCAAAGACAGAUGUUGCACCAAGCACUGUGCUGUCAUCAGAAAAUUUUGUUGUGCCUCAAAUACCUAGUUCUAAAAAGCCAUCUCCACCAUUUAAUAGGAAACUGACCACUCGCAAUGCUGCAAUUAUUUCCUCUGCAUUAAGUGAAACAAAAGUGGAAGACAGAUAUGCGGUCUUUCAAGACAUAGAUGCUAUACCAAGUAUUUUUGAUAAUCCUACCAUCGUAUUAUCAAAUCUCAAAGAUGAUCCGUUGGGUUGUGAAACCAUUUCUGAGAAUGAACUAAAAGAAGAAAGUCCUGAAAAAUGUGAAAUCAAAACAUCCACACCCAUAGUUUUUGCCGAGCUAGAUCCUUUGGGUAAUGUACCGUUUAUAGAUAAGAGGGACUUUUUCCAGGACAUAAAAAAUCCACCAAAAAAAGUAUUGAAAGAUUUGGUUGGAGGCGAAGAAAACUCAGUUGAUGCCAACAGCAGUCUUGAAAAUAAUCAAAUAACUUCUUGUAACAGUUCAGACCUCUUUCCGUCAUCUUCAAGAAAUGACUCUUUCGAGGAAGUACCAAUCAUUGAAUCUCUUUUACCAGAUCAAAAGCCAGAUAACCCUUUUGCCAUCAGUUCAAUACCAUCGGGAACUCCUCCAAAGCUUCCCCCGAAAAGAACAAUGACCAUAAUCACUUCCGAUUUUCCACCUAGUAAAGAGGAUCAAAAUUGGGAGUCCAAGAAUCCUUUUAACCCAUUUGUUGAUGAUGAUUUUCCUGAUAUUCCACCUCCAAACUCGCCUCCUCCCCCACCCCCUCCACGAUUGCCUUCUAAAGCCUGUGAAGCUCCUUCAGUUACAUCCCCACCACCUCCGAGGCCACCGAGCCGAUCCAAUGGCAUCCCAACACCUCCUUUGCCGAAAAGGAAAGCACAAUUGUCAUCUGCAGGUAACACAUGGUUCUCGUUUGACCAUGAAGCUUUAAGUUUUCCUGUUGUCCAUUCAACGUCUAACGUAGAUUAUGUUCCCCCACUGCCUUCCCCUGCCAGGAAAUUCCCUUCUAGCAUCUCUGAAUCUUCAAACAAUAGUAGUGCAUCCAGCAGCCCAGCCGCAAACCACAGAGCUCAGUCUGUUACAAACGCUCAGAUCGAUGAGGGUUAUAUUGUACUCGCACAAAAUAGCCUUCCCGAAACACGCCAUUCCUCCAUUGAACAAGAAGAAAGCAAUGGAUCCUCAAAACUUUUCUCAGAAACAUGCCACACAGUUGAAUCAAAAGAAACCUUAGACUCCCCGCCUCUUCCUCCCAAGCCAUUAUCUAUAGCUCGGCCAAGGCCGUCACCCAGUAAAAAAACAUUUGCUUCUAUGAAUAGCUCUUUAGGUAGCUCAAUGGCUGAGAGUUCUUCUAGCUCACUUGCAUUUUCAAGUUCAGAAGAGAACAAAAAGGGUUUAAGUGUUGGUAAGAAGACAUUUUCUUCCGUGACUAGUUCUUCGUUGUCUGGCUUUACCGCUGAGAGCUCCAAUGGAGCACACUCUUCGAGCUCUCUAGCAUUUUCGAGUUCAGACGAGAAUAAAAUGGGCAGCAGUGCUGAAGGCCUUUUCCACAGCAGUAGCAGUUUUGGUGAAAAUCACGCAGAUGUAUUUUUUCAGAAUGACUCAGUUAGUAAACAGUCUUCCACAUCUGAACUUGCCAAAGAGCUCAGCCCUGACAGCAUUUUCCGCCGAAAGAGUGAUCCUUUUGCCGACGACUUCUUUCUCUCUCUUUCUAGGAAAUCAAAUGACAUGCAGAAAAAUUCUAAGGGUGUUGAUUUACAUUUUGAAAGUUUAGAGGCAUCUUCGUAGGAGAAUCUUCAAAGAUCCAACUUAGCAGAAUUUUUUUUAAGUGUAAAUAUAUAUAUUAUUAUUACUAUAUAGAGAAUUUCAUGAAAUGCUAAAGGUGUAAAAGUACGCUUUAAUGAGUUAUCUUAUAUUAAGAAAUGUAUUGAACAUUUUAUCUAGUUCCUGGUGAGAAUAUUAUAGCCUUGGAAAAAAUUCUCACUCAGUUGUAUAUUAUCUCUGCAAUAUUUGAUAUUUUCAUUACAUUUUAAGGAAAAAAGCUGGUCUUCCCCUUUUGUUAGAUUUAACAAUUCAUUGUUAAAAUCUUAGAUCUGAACCCUUUUCUUUAUUAUUUUUUUAAAAAAAUUGUUAGACAGGGCCGUCUUAGUAGUAUGCAGGGCCCCCGGGCACAGAAAUGUUUUGUUUUCUUGUAGCAUGUCAUACUGCUUAAAAUCGAACUAAAAAACUUCACAUACAUAAAAUAAAGCACUUUUAACAUAUGCAAUAAUUUGAACAAAUUUAAAUACAUUUUGAUUUCCACAAAAAGCUGAAUCCACAAAAAAAACUUCAUUGGAACGUAGAAAAAUAGUUUUCUGUUGUCUUUUUUAGUUUUUCUGGUGAUAAACUAUUCAAAUUAUUGUUGCUUGCAUAAUAAUCAAUCACUAUUUGUAGCAAGAAAAACAAAAUACACACUUUAUACAAUAGAAUAUAUUUAUUUUUAAAAAUAUAUAAGACAAUGUUAUUUAUUCUUUAAAUACAAUUUAUAAAGAGUAAGAUUCUCAAGGGCCCCCUGAAUGCCUGGGGCCCUCGAGCACUGCCCGGGUGUGCCCAUGCACAAAGACUGUACUGUUGUUAGAUAUUUUUAGAUAAUAAUGUAUACAGAUUUAAUUGUCUUAAAUUGAUAUAUUGGUGGAAUUAAAAUUCUAGUUGUACAUUUAUGUAUCUAUUUUUUAGAACUGUUUGUUUAUAAAAUAAUUUUAAUUUCUUGUAGAACGUUUAUUGUUUGCAUUUACUUUACUUUUUUACAUUUAAAGCCAAGAUCUGUUUCUGCUUAGAUAGUUGACUAUAGAUCUGAAUAAACAGAAUUAUUUUUUUUUAAA